UUACAGGUUAGUGCCAGAUUUCCACUUCCCGGCACAGUUUGAUGAUAUCCUCCGGGCCACCAAACAUUUCCUGCUGCCAGAUGUCCUAGCUCAAUAUUCUGUUGAUCCCACCAGAAUUGCAGUUUCCGGUGAUAGCGCAGGAGGCAACCUGGCUGCUGCCUUGUGCCAAGAGAUAAGUCAAGAGGAGAACAUAACCAGUAGAUUUAAACUUCAGGCCCUAAUCUAUCCCGUCCUUCAACCUUUUGAUUUUAACACUCCUUCAUACCAACAGAACAAACUCAGCCCAAUCCUAACACCUUCAGUGAUGGUGGCAUUCUGGAUAGAGUAUUUCAAUGGAAGUUAUGAUUUUGUCCAGUCCAUGUUGAUGAACAAUCACACUUCCCUAGAGGUGAGCGAGGCCAAUUCCUUCAGAGACCGACUAGACUGGACUUUCCUUCUGCCUUCAAGAUUCAGGAAGAAUUACAAACUAAUAGCUCAUACCACAGGGAAACCUGAAAUCAUUCAGAAUAUUCCUGCCCUCUUAGAUACCCGGGCAAGUCCGCUUCUGGCUGAAAAAGAGCUAUUACGCCUGCAGCCCAAAACCUAUAUUAUGACUUGUGAGAUUGAUAUUCUCAGAGAUGAUGGUCUCAUGUAUGCCAAACGGCUAGAGAAAGCCGGCGUGGAGGUCACCAUUGACCACUUCGAAGACUGUUUUCAUGGCUGCAUGCUCUUCACCGUUUGGCCACUUAAUUUUUCUGCCGGAUUUCACACCAGAGACAGCUAUCUCAAGUGGCUGGAUGAAAACUUGUAACCAGAGAAAGACCAGUCUCGAGAAAAACAAUUCAUUUGCCACUCAUUUGAAGACAUCGCUUAGAGGACAUCCAGUACAGGAUAGCAUGCUUCCCCCGUACAUCUUCUGUGACACAUAAUUUAUGGAGAAAAGCCUUGUGCAAUCUCCAGUUCCAAUUCUAAAUGUAUUUGCAAGGAAAUAAACCUAGUCUUAAUGGAGGUAGUAGAAAAAGGUGGCUAAAUAAUCCAUACCACUACGCACCACCAGACAAAAAUGAUAUCGGUGAAUAUAGUUUUAUAUAAAACUUUAUUCAAGCAGAACAGCCAGUCCUAAUCUUGAUUUUAUUAUACUGGUAUUCUACAUACAAGACGUUUUUCUUCUCUCUAUGAGUAUUCAUGAGGAAUGGGGAAAAGUUGCCACCUGUAU